CCAAACGAUAAUUGGGAAACUAGCGGUGCUGGGUAACGCUUCCGGAGGUGCCAGACAGUCUCUUCCAUAUUGGUUUUAGAAGUGAGAGGACCUCACGGGUACGAAAUCCGUGGCGAUCCGAGGAAUCUAGAGAAAUCUAGACUUCUCUAACCAGCAAGAAUGAGAGCCAAGUGGCGUAAGAAGAGGAUGCGGAGGCUAAAGCGUAAAAGGAGGAAGAUGCGUGCAAGGUCUAAAUAGACGGCCCAUCUUAAUUUCUCUGUUUGCAUGAAACACUACCAUGGACACCUAUUACCACAGUCAUGAAGGUUGACAUAUUCAAGAACUAUAUGGAUAAAACAUCAUACCAUUAAUUGCACAAGCGGAGAAAAAUAUUUUACAAACGUACAUGUCUUGUAUAGUUUAAUAAACGACUAUUCAAGAUAUAGAAGAUACAAACAUUUUUACCUGUCAAAAAUCCUAAUUCUAUAUUCAUUUACUGACCUUAUGGAAAGAUGUUAGGUGAAGUUGUAACAGAUGAAAUACUUUUUGAUUAUUUUGAACAGUAAAAAUAAUGUUAAAUCCUAUGUCUGUAAAAUAAAUUGGCAUUUGAAAUAGACGCUAGUGCCUUAAUUUAUGUAUUUUUGUUGACUGAUUAAUAUUCGACGAUUUUUACAUUUGUUUCACUUGCGUUAUGUCGUACAUGCGUGUUUCACCUAACAUAACCUGAAAUAUGUAUUUAUAUGCCGUCAAGAUGUGUAGCCGCGUUGCGCGAACGUUAUUACAAACAGGAAAAGUUUUUUAUCAAUCAUCGUACUAUCGCACAACAAAUUUACUGCAAUAUUCGCGAGUUUCUCAUGUACGUUUAUAUUCAAGUAACAACAUUCAUAAGAAGCUGACAGACGAGGAAAUUUCAGAGGAUAAUAACGAGGAACAUAACCUACCAACAGGCAUAGCCGAAAAAUAUAAAGUAUUUCGUGAUGAAGACGCAGAGAUUAUAUUUGAUGUUGACGAGGAAAAGAAAAGAAUUACUUUGGAAGAGCUUAAUACUGAAAUAGAAACUGUCGACCCUUAUAAUGGACUGAAUAUGAACCACGGCGUAAAUGGCGUGUUCGACAUCGAAGAUUUAGUCGAGCUGUUAAAAAGGGAUAAUGCUAAGAAUAUAUUCGUAGCUACAGUGCCAGCUGAACUUGCAUAUGUCGAUUAUUUGGUAGUUGUAAACGCACGAUCACAGAAACAUAUGAAUGCACUUGCGAAUUUUGUGCGCAAAGCGUAUAAAUUAAAAAGACACAAAACGGAUCAAAUACCGAAAGUCGAAGGAGCGAAUUCUAAGGACUGGCUAGCUUUAGAUUUAGGGAAUAUUGCCCUUCACAUAUUUUCUUCGGAAGCUAGGGAGUUGUAUGAUUUAGAUACAUUAUGGGCUGUUGGUCCAGAAUUUGAUGACAAAACGCACGAAGUUAAUCCUCGAGAAAAAAUAUAUGAGCAAUACAAUGAGUUCCUAAAUGAUCUUCUACCGGCUGAUAGUCGUUAAUGUAUAUAUUAUAGGCUAGUAAAUUUUUAAUAAAAUUUAUUUCAAUUAUGUA